AUGACGACAAGGUCCCACCCCACCAGCAGCCGGAGUCCUUUUUCCGCUGAUAUCUUGGCGAAUACUCUACCAAGGAGUUACAAACCUAUUUCUCUAGAUUACGAUGGUACCACCGACCCAGAGGUACACCUCAACCGGUUUGAGGGACUGGUCACUCUUCACAUGUACACAGAGGGCAUCAACUGCUGGAUAUUCUCCACCACGUUAACUGGACCCACCCAAUUGUGGUUUGGGACGCUCGCCCCAAAUUCUAUUCACUCGUUCGAGGAUCUACAGACGCGUUUCUUAAGGCAGUUCGCGAGCUCGCGGAGGGUUGGGAAGUCAGCUCUUUCCUUGAUGGACAUCAAACAAGAUCAAAACGAAACACUCCGGGAAUACACUGCUAGAUUCAACCUCGCUGCUCUGGAGGUGCCGGAAGCGGAAUCACAAAUUAAAAACUGUGCUUAUGUUAGAGGGUUAAAACCAGGACUCUUCUUUGAUGAGUUACAAAUCACACCGACAAGGGAUUUUGACGAUAUCAUGGCCAGACUGCUGGGAUAUUUGCAGUUGGAGGAUACCAGGAUGGCACGAAAAGCUGAAAAUGACAAGCAUAAGGCCAAGAGGGCCGAGGAAGCACCAGAGCGGAACAACAGGCACCAAGAUCGGGCGCCCUUAAGAGGAUUGCCCCCAAGGGUACCUCCUCCCCAAGCAGAGGGACCACCGCGCCAACAGCGCACUGUGAAUGAGGUCAAUCGUUUUGACGAGUAUACCCCACUGAACAAACCGCAAGAAGAGAUCUUCCACCUGAUCAAAAACCAGUCGUUCUUCAGAGCGCCGGGGACUUACAGGGAUGGGCAGCCACAACAGGGCCCUAAUAACAAAUUGUGCGAGUACCACAAUUCUUAUGGACACUUCACUAAGCACUUUGGACAUCUUAAGCAUCAAUUGGAGCUUUUGGUACGCCAGGGAAAUCUGGAUCAGUUCAUAGCCCGGGGAAAUGAGGGCCAAGGUCCGAGGCCAGAGCAGAGAAACGAGCCCCGACAGGACCAGGGGAACAACCGAGACCGAAGGCCGAAGGAAAAUCGGGAUAACCACAGAGGAGGAGUAGAGGGUCGGGUACCUCCCUUCCCGUACCGAAGAGAAGUACACAUGAUCUUUGGGGAAAAUGGGACACCCACAUCCAACAGGGCCAAGAAACAGGUUGUACGAGCAGUGAAAUCAGGUUAUUAUCCCAAACAAGUGAUGGAGAUUACGGGCGCGACAGAGGAGCCGGUCAUCAGCUUCGGGGCAGAGGACCUGAGAACGCUUAUGUAUCCGCAUGACGAUGCGCUGAUUAUCACGGCAGACAUAGCCGGUUUUAUUGUUCAUCGCGUCUUCGUAGACUCGGGCAGUGCAGUGAAUAUUUUAUAUCUAGAGUGCCUCCAGAACAUGGGAGUCGAAGCCCACAUUGAACCAACAAACACCCCGUUAUUCGGGUUUGGGGGAGAAAUGGUCAUGCCAAUAGGUUUUGUGGAGUUGUCGUUAAGUCUUGGCAAUGCGGAUGCCAGCAAGACCAGGGUAAUACGAUUCCUGGUAGUGGACAUGCCGAAACCAUCCUACAAUGUGAUACUUGGCCGUCCUGCCCUAACGAUGUUCAGAGCAAUCAUUUCCAUGUUCCAUCUAAAAAUGAAAUUCCCCAUCAGAGGGGGAAGAGUGGGAGAAGUAUGGGGCGACCAGAAAAUGUCGAAAGCAUGCCAUGUACAGAUGCUUACGCACUCUUCAGGGUAG